AUGACGGAUCACUCUGUCACUCCUCAAGCAAACCCAACAAAUGUCGAGCUCCUAGCCGCUAAUGCUGCUCUGCUAGCGGACAACCAGCGGAUGGCCGACUUGUUAGCGGCUGUCCAGAACAAAGAUGGGGAUAGAAACGACCAUAAGAAAGUCAACACCGAUCCCCAUGGAGAACAGCACACGGAGCCAAAUACAAAGACAAGAGAUAUACCUCUCAAAACUAAGAGACGGUGGAUUGGCCCCUUUUCUGAAGAAAUAAUGAAUUUAAAAAUGCCAAAAAAUUUUACACUUUCAAUGACUCUAACACCGUACAAGGGGAUCGAAGAUCCUAAAGUUCACGUUACAAAAUUCAAAUCCAUGAUGUUUCUUAACAGUCACUCCGAUCCCAUCUUGUGCCGGUCUUUUCCCACCUUCUUAGAUGGGGCUGCCUUGUUAUGGUUUUCUAACUUACCUGCAGGUUUCAUAUCCAGCUUUGACGAAUUUGCCAAGUUAUUCAUAAAUCAUUUUGCAGCCUCCAAAAUCUAUGUGCGAGAUUCAGACUACCUCAGCGCAAUCAAGCAAGGGCAGCACGAGAGCCUGAAGGAUUACAUGACACGCUUCACAGAAGCAGCCAUGGAGAUCCCCGACCUCAAUCCAGAAGUGCAGCUGCAUGCCAUCAAGAGUGGUCUCUGGCUUGGAAAAUUUCAGGAAGCUAUAGCUGUCGCGAAACCCAAGACAUUGGAGGAGUUUCAAGAUAAAGCAACUGGUCAAAUCGAAAUAGAGGAGUUGCGUGAAGCUCGAAGGAGUGAAAAGCCACCAUCCUGGAAGGAAGAAGACAAACCCUACAGGUCCCAAAAUAAGGACUCUAAAAAACCUUUUAAACUAACCCCAAAAUUUGAUUCAUAUACCAGGUUCAAUACCAAGAGGGAGGAUAUUAUUAAGGAGAUACUACAUAGCAAGUUGAUAAAGCCACCGAGCAAAGCAGGGACAUACCAGGAUCAGAAGUAUGUUGACAGAAACAAACAUUGUGCAUUUCACCAAAAGUUUGGCCAUACCACUGAUAAGUGUGUGGUAGCUAGAGACUUGCUGGAGAGACUAGCAAGGUGGGGUCUUUUGGAUAAAUAUGUCACUACCAAAAGCCAGAAAGAACCAACCAGGGAUGCGGAAAGACUAAGCUACAGCUCAGACCAAAAAGAAAAAGGAACAUGGCGUGGACCAGUCGAAACUCCGACCUCCAAGGGAGUUAUCAAUUACAUUCAGGUGGCUUUGCUAGAGAAAGAGCUACCAAUAUGGCUAGGAAGCGGAGCUACCGAUCUAUGA